GCGGAAAAUUGUCGAUCUGAGGAUUCUUGUCCCUCCUGGCUUCCCGUUCUCCAGGCCUGGCUGACGGCGUUAGCUGAGGCAGCCAUAUUGAAUAGGCGACCCGGCUUCUUGGGGGGGCGGGGAUCGUUGUGGUCUAGACAGGUCAUCAAGGGAGCCUCGGCGGCUCUGGCGAGAAGCAAUAUGUUAAGGAUACCUGUAAGAAGAGCCUUACUAGGCCUUUCUAAGUCUCCCAAAGGAUGUGUUCGAACAACUGCAACAGCAGCAAGCAACUUGAUUGAAGUAUUUGUUGAUGGUCAGUCUGUCAUGGUGGAACCAGGAACUACUGUCCUCCAGGCUUGUGAGAAAGUUGGCAUGCAGAUCCCCCGAUUCUGUUAUCAUGAAAGGUUGUCUGUUGCUGGAAACUGCAGGAUGUGCCUUGUUGAAAUUGAGAAAGCUCCUAAGGUUGUAGCUGCCUGUGCCAUGCCAGUAAUGAAGGGUUGGAAUAUCUUGACAAACUCAGAAAAAUCCAAGAAAGCCAGAGAAGGUGUGAUGGAGUUCUUAUUAGCAAAUCACCCAUUGGACUGCCCUAUUUGUGACCAGGGAGGUGAAUGUGAUCUUCAAGACCAGUCCAUGAUGUUUGGAAAUGAUAGGAGUCGAUUUUUAGAAGGAAAACGUGCUGUGGAGGACAAGAACAUUGGGCCGUUGGUAAAGACCAUCAUGACUAGAUGUAUACAGUGUACUCGCUGCAUCAGGUUUGCGAGUGAGAUUGCGGGAGUAGAUGAUUUGGGAACUACAGGCAGAGGAAAUGAUAUGCAAGUUGGCACCUAUAUUGAAAAGAUGUUCAUGUCUGAACUGUCUGGGAAUAUCAUUGAUAUCUGCCCUGUAGGUGCCCUAACCUCUAAGCCUUAUGCCUUUACUGCCCGGCCUUGGGAAACAAGAAAGACAGAAUCCAUUGAUGUAAUGGAUGCAGUUGGAAGUAAUAUUGUGGUUAGCACAAGAACUGGAGAAGUAAUGAGGAUCUUGCCACGUAUGCAUGAGGACAUCAAUGAAGAGUGGAUCUCUGAUAAAACCAGAUUUGCCUAUGAUGGGCUAAAACGUCAGAGACUUACAGAGCCGAUGGUCAGAAAUGAAAAGGGGCUUUUAACUUAUACCUCCUGGGAGGAUGCACUCUCUCGUGUAGCUGGAAUGCUGCAGAGUUUUCAAGGCAAGGAUGUGGCAGCAAUUGCAGGUGGCUUGGUGGAUGCUGAAGCCCUAGUAGCUCUCAAAGAUUUGCUUAAUAGAGUGGACUCCGACACCUUAUGCACUGAAGAGGUUUUCCCCACUGCAGGAGCUGGCACAGAUUUGCGUUCCAAUUAUCUUCUUAAUACUACAAUUGCUGGCGUGGAAGAGGCUGAUGUUGUCCUUUUGGUUGGUACAAAUCCACGUUUUGAGGCACCACUAUUCAAUGCUAGAAUUCGCAAGAGCUGGCUUCAUAAUGACUUAAAAGUGGCCCUUAUAGGUAGUCCAGUGGACCUCACUUACACAUAUGACCACCUGGGAGAUUCCCCCAAAAUUCUUCAAGACAUUGCUUCGGGUAGCCAUUCGUUUAGCCAGGUCCUAAAGGAAGCUAAAAAACCAAUGGUGGUUUUAGGGAGUUCUGCACUCCAAAGAAAUGAUGGAGCAGCAAUUCUUGCAGCUGUUUCCAGCAUUGCACAAAAGAUUCGGAUGACUAGUGGUGUUCCUGGUGAUUGGAAAGUUAUGAAUAUCCUUCAUAGUUACAAAUGGGAUUUAAAAGGAUUUAUACUAUCUUCGUGUAUAAUAGUGAAUCAGUGUUUUACUAAAUUGUUGUUUGCCAUUUUCUAUCUUCUCACAGGACAUCAUGGUGAUGUUGGAGCUCCCAUAGCUGAUGUUAUUCUCCCAGGAGCUGCUUAUACAGAGAAAUCUGCUACUUAUGUCAAUACAGAGGGCAGAGCUCAGCAGACUAAAGUAGCAGUAACACCUCCUGGCUUGGCAAGAGAAGAUUGGAAAAUUAUAAGAGCCCUCUCUGAGAUUGCGGGUAUAACUCUUCCAUAUGAUACUCUGGAUCAAGUGAGAAACAGAUUGGAAGAAGUCUCUCCUAAUCUUGUUCGAUAUGAUGAUGUUGAAGGAGCUAAUUACUUCCAGCAAGCAAAUGAGCUCUCCAAGCUAGUGAACCAGCAACUUCUUGCUGACCCACUUGUUCCACCUCAGCUAACUAUAAAAGACUUCUACAUGACAGAUUCAAUUAGCAGAGCUUCACAGACAAUGGCCAAGUGUGUCAAAGCUGUUACAGAGGGUGCCCAGGCAGUAGAAGAGCCAUCCAUUUGCUGAAACAGUUACUAGGAGCAGCUACUACAAAUAGUUAAUGGACAGUUAAAUUGGAGUGAUCUCUUACAGGUUUAUCUCUUUUUAAAAACAAAAUCUGAAUAAUGUAAUAUUUAAGGUUAUACUAUGCUUAUUUGAAAAUGAUACUGCAAUUAUCAAAGAACUUUGCAGUUUCAAAAACAUUUCUGUAUUGUGUGUAAACGUUAAAUAGUCUAAUAAAACUGUAUGUAGAUGCUCUUUCAUGUAAAAAUAUUGAUAAUCUUUGUGACAAAUACAAAGAAAUCCUUAAAAUAUGAUAUAUCGUCAUAAAUCAUUUGUGUUUAUAAAAUGGAUGAAAUGAAAAAUUUCCAUUAAGACCCACUUUUUUAUAGUGCUAAAGAAAAGAUUUAAGCACUGUCAGGGUGGGUAAAUAGAAAAAUAUAUAAUGUAAUCACACACCAGAUAUGUAUCUUGGACAGCUUUAAUUAAUAGUAAUCAUAACAUUAGCUAAUGAUUAUUCAGCUUUUUUUUGUGCUAAGCACUCUGAUUUUCCAUGUAUUAUUUUCUUUUGUCCUGGCUGCAAUUCUAUGAGAUAGUAUUAUUAUCUAAUUUCACUGAUCAAAAAAGCCCAGGUAUAUUAAGUAACUUGCCCAAAGCUGCACAGCAUGAGUUAUGUACUCAAGCCUAGUUCUUUUACUUCAAAGUCCAUUAUUCUUAAUGGCUACACAUAAUUCCCUUUCAUUAGUAUAGAUUCUAUAGAUUGUUACUUCUAACAAUUAGUUUUGAAGAGUUUAAUGGUUAACAAAUUCUUCUGUUUUCUCUUGAAUUUGCUUCUAUAAUGUCAUGGUGAUUUAUGUGGCAUUUUUCUUUGUAUGAGAGAUUAUGCACUUAAACACACUCUUGGAAUGAGGGAGGUCUCAAGAGAUAUAAUUAAGAUUCUCAUUGAUGUUCUGUAUUCAUUAUAUUAACACCAUCUGUAGUGUUAAAUAAAUUAUUCCAGUAAUAGAAGACAAAAUGACCAGCUUUAAUAAUUUUCAUAUGUCAAAACAAAAAGGAAGUAAAAAUUUUACAAUUAACCUAGGGGAUAAUUAAAGGUAGAUUAAGUUUUUGUUUAUAUCUAUGUUCAAAAAUUUUUUGUUUUGUAAGCCUUUUUUCUUUCCACUUUCACUAAAGACUUACCCUAAUUAUAGGAUGCCACUUUUUUCAAUAUAACAUAGGAUAAGAUUUUUAGAAUAGUAUCUCAUCAAUACUUCAUCUUUAAGUCACCUGUAACAACUUUUUCAGAAUUGUUUAUUUUAUCCUCUUUAGUGAUACAUCAUGAAAUUAUGUACUUUGCUUAAAGUACUUUGCAUAAAAUUCCCUGUUGUAUGAGAUUGUGUAAAUUCUUGCCCAGAGUGUUUGAAUUUAAUACAAACUUCCUGUCCCUCUCUACUUUCUUCACCCCUUAGCACUGUGCUGACCUCAAGGGGACAUACUCCAAGUCUUGUAUUUUACACAGUACUCUUCAGUGAAUAUGUGCAGACUUCAUAGGGUUCUUGGUUGAUCCAGGAUCUUUGGGCUACCCUGUAGGCAGAAUGUGUUGAACAACUUGUAAUUCUCUAAAGGAUACUUUGGGGUAAGUAAGGAGUGGUUAGUCUGUUUUACAGGCACAUUUAGUGUCAUAAUACUAAAUAUUAAGGUUAUUGUAAGCAUAAACAUUGAAGAUGUUGCUAGAGAAAAAAAGACUGAAGAAGAGCUCCCAGAUAGAAGAAAAAUACAUGUA